AUGCAUGCACUGUACCCACUGGCAGGCGUCUGUGGUCUGUCCACCUCCCUGGUCCUCAGGACAGCUCGCACUCUGCCUGUCACUCCCUACAAGGACAGGCUUGGGGUCCCCCAGGGACCGGACAACUGUCAACUGGGUGGGCGCGAGCUGCGGUCCGAAUCCAGGCCCUGGGCAGUGGGGCCCUGUCGCCCUCUCUGGGCGGGGCUCCCUGUUGAGGGGCGACCUGCAGGCCUUGCCCGUCAUGGCGGUAAAGGAGAAGGAACGGCAGGUCCAGGGGUUCCUAGCGCCCGGAAGGGGGGCUGCGCGGGGUUAGCUGCUUGCAGGGCGUCUCGGGAGGAAGGUCACGGGCAGUGCCCUCCCCGCUGCCCGGCAGGUUACCUGAAGCCCCGGGCGGAGGAGGAGAGGAGAGUGGCCGCCGAGGAGAAGAAGAGGCAAGAUGAGCUGAAGCGGAUCGAGAGAGAGCUGGCGGAAGCCCGUGAUGACAGCAUCCUGAAGUGAGCGCCCCUCCCGCAGGACAUGAAUAAAGCUUUCUGUGUGUGA